CGUACAUGCACAGUCACUGCGCUGAGACAAAGAGAAAGAGUCAUCUAUUAAUAUCCGAGUGCAUUUUUUGCAAUUUGUGUUCAAUUUGUGUCAAAUCAUGCAAUUUUGGACGAAACGUGUGUUAGCCUUUGCUACUGUCGCAAGCUACUUGUUUUUAAGUGGAUUAGAAAACGGUGACUAUGGAACAUUAAUUCUGUGUCGAUCUUAAAAUUAUUUUAACAUAUAUAGCAUUCCGUUUUAGCCAUCAUUUUACCAACAGCAUGGCAGUAUUUGACGUUUUUAGGAGCGAAACAAGAAUAUCUGUUGGGGAUCACCGUUUCAGGUUUUAGUGCUUCUGCUGCCAUCGCCGGAUUAGUCGGAGGACGACUGGCCGACUCUUAUCCGACGAAAUCAAAGUGAUUUAUGUGAUCAUGGGGCGUGUCAUGUGCGGAUUGGGUAGUGGGGCGGGAGCAGCUCUACUGGCAGAAAUAUGUCGGACAACUUCACCUAGAGAAAGAACUUCAAUUUUAUCUGUUUGUAGUGGUCUUCGACAAGUCGGACUCCUGAUUGGUCCUGGAUUUCAGAUCAUUCUAGAGUAUUUUGACUUUAGCUUGUUUGGUGGUGCCCUGGUAGUACGUCCGUUUAACGCGCCUGGCCUUUUCAUGACCGUUUUGUGGGUUCUGUUCCUCCUCUUCGUUUUGGCUUUCUAUCAGAACCUUGAUGUAGAAUACCAUUACGAAGUUUUAAGAAAAGAACAUGAGGGUUUAGAAAUAGCUGGCCAUUCCAUAGAAUUGAGCACUAGCCGAGAAAACCUUCUAUCAGCAAGCUAUGAGCGGCCAAGCAUAGCGGCUCGUCGUUGGUAUUUUAUUGAAGAAAAUUUUGACAAAGAAACCGUUCCCGAACCUGUCACAUUUGCAACCUAUAUUGACGAAUUUCUUCACGACGACACUGUCGUGUUAUUUGGCAUGACAACGAUCUUGUUCUUUGGUCAGGUUUCCAUAGAGACCAUAAUUCCGCCCCUGUUGUCAAAACUUUUUGAUUUUACUGGCUUUCAAACAAGCUUGGUUUACAUGGUUGCAGGAGUUUUCUCCAUCGCGAUCUACGUGUUAGUUUCCUUGACUACAAGAUGGACCACCGAUACUUAUCUCGUGUUAUUCGGCUGGUUAAUGCAUAUUCUGGGCUUCACGUGGUGUCUCAUUUGGUUACCUAGAAUAGAGCCUGGAGAUAAGGACAUGAUGCCUAUCCUUCUGACUGGCUUUAUGUUUCUGUACGUUGGGUUUCCCGUUGCUGCCGUUGGUUCCACAUCUCUUCUGUCCAAAUGCGUUUCCCUUCGUGUUCAAGGUAUUGCACAAGGAUUCCGUCGACUUGCUACCUUUUCUGGAUUAAUUAUCGGUCCGAUAUGGGGAGGAGCCACCCUGCAUCAACCCUACUUGCAAAUGUCUGUUCCACUACUACUGCUGAUUUUAUUAGGAAUCAUGUUUUCUUUUUCAUUCAAGAAGAUCAGAAAUGAAGAACAACUAGCUUUAACACAUAGUAAAUAACUUUUAAUUUGCAUUUUUAUGCGAAUAUAAAUAGGAUCGAAGAUAUAAUUGAUUUUAAAAUUCAAGAGACGACAUAGAAAGUGACAUUUUUAA